AUUAUAUACAUUUUCAAAUGCAACCGGAAGCAGGCCUUGUAGGAUAGAUUAGAUUGAAAGACAGCGUUUCCCUUGCAAUGCCUACAAUGAGUACAGGGGGUGACAGUACAUGCGACCCAGUUAUUCUUGCAACUGCAGGAUAUGAUCACACAAUUCGCUUUUGGCAAGCUCAUAGCGGUAUUUGCUAUCGAACCGUUCAACAUCCAGAUUCUCAAGUAAAUGCUCUUGAAAUCACUCCUGACAAACAGCUUAUAGCAGCGGCAGGAUACCAGCAUAUACGAAUGUAUGACCUGAACUCAAACAAUCCAAAGCCUGUAGUAAAUUAUGAUGGAAUUAGUAAAAAUGUUACAGCCGUAGGUUUUCAUGAGGAAGGAAAAUGGAUGUACACAGGUGGGGAAGAUAAUUCUGCAAGGAUAUGGGAUUUGAGGUCACGAAAUUUACAAUGCCAGAGGAUUUUCCAAGUCAAUGCUGCUGUGAAUUGCAUAUGUUUACAUCCAAAUCAGGGAGAAUUAUUUAUUGGUGAUCAGAGUGGAUCAAUACAUGUGUGGGAUCUGAAAACUGACAAAAAUGAGCAAAUGAUACCAGAAACAGAUGCCUCCAUUCAAUCUAUUAGCAUAGAUCCAAUGGGAACAAUGAUGGCGGCAGUAACAAAUAAAGGAAAGUGCCAUAUAUGGAGAUUGACUGGAGGUAGAAGAGAUGAACCAACACAGCUACAUCCAAAGUCUGAUAUUACAGUUAGCUCUAGAUAUGCCCUUAAAUGCCUCUUUAGUCCUGAUUCUACGUUAUUAGCAACAACAUUAGCAGAUAAUUCCGCCAAAAUCUGGAAAACAGCUGACCUUACAUUGCAUACAGAACUUAAAGAAAAUUCUCAGAGAUGGGUAUGGGAUUGUGCAUUUAGUGGAGACUCGCAGUAUAUUAUCACAGCAUCUUCAGAUAACAUGGCGAGGUUAUGGAGUGUGGAUACUGGAGAGGUGAAGAAGGAAUACAGUGGUCAUCAGAAGGCUGUGGUCUGUUUGGCGUUCAGAGACGAGUCUAUACAGUGAACACAAGUAAACUGUUUCAUACGGUUAUGAUGCAAUAUUACUUAAAACAAUGUCAAGAUCAGUUCAAAUAGUUUGAACUGCUGCAUGCUCGUUUAUGUACUUUGAGUAUUUAUUAUAUAGAUGUAAGUUUAGACAUCACUAAAAUUGAGGAAAUCAGAAUUAAAUGGAUUACCGUAUUGGAUAUUUUGAAGGAAUUAUGCUUAAAUUUGUUAUUUGAGCGAUGAAUUGAAUCAAGUCAUUUUAACCAGUAUUACAAUUUCUCAUAUAGUGAUAAAUAGGAGACAUUCAUACCUGGGAUUUACUGUGAUAGUGAUAAAAGUGAGUUCUUACACAGGAGAGAUAGCAAAGUUGUUAAGUAUUACUGAUAUAUUUGAAGUUACUUCACAAACUAAUUGUGAACAGUUAUAAGACGUAAGCCAAGCUAUAUCACUAGUGUGUGUGCUUGUAUAUAAUACAAGGGCGAUGAUAGUAAAUUAAGAAUACAAUGACAUGUUAAAAAUCACUUUGUUCAUUAUAAACAGUUGUUUGUUACAAAGGUGCAAGAUAAUAUACAUCAUAUUGUAGUAAGAGAUGAAUAGUCUACUCAUCUUUUCUGGUUUAUGAGAAAAUGAUUUUAUUUAUGUAUAAAAGUGUAUAUCAAUUGGAAAAAAAAAUCCAUACUGUCUAUGGGAUUAUCAAAAAUAUAUUUCACUCACAUUAUAACUUAAAAUACUGGAUUCUUCCUUAUAGUGACAGUAGUACUGAUGAUUAAUUUCUUAUUCUUUUUGUUGAUUUUCUCACAGUCUUUUUAAAUUGUUAAUUAUUAAGUUUUUUUUAUAUGGCAAGAUACAAGUCGUUAUAAUAACUAAGUUAUUGAAGAGGUAUAAAUUCCAAAUGAAUAUAGUUAAUCUUUGAAUCAAAUCCUCUGAUAAUGUAAUUCUGACUUUACCCUUUCUCCUAUCUCAGAGUCAGCAUUGUCAUUAUCAGUAACACAUUGGUAAGAUUUAACUUACACUUGACAUCUCUUUAAAUGCUGGAGGUAUUUAGGGAAUUUCGUGGGUUAUCUACCCAAUUUGAUAGUAAAGGUGACUCUGUUUUUGAAAAUGUCCAACAGGCUGAUACAUUUGGAUUAUUACACCAUACAGUAGAUACAUCCAAGAUAGUUACAUCCAGUGUUGUUUACAAUUGGUAAAUGAAUGUGUUAAAUCAUGCCUAAAAACAAUUGUUAUGGUGCCAAGAGAGAUCAAUUUCUUAGAUUAGAAAAUUGUAAAUGUUUAGCUGCUUGUCAUUAAAUGGGAAAACUCAACCAUAAAAUGGGAAAACUCUACAGUAAAAUGGGAAAACUCUAUGUUUUUUAUCAUGGAAUUAAAAAGUCUUCUUAAAAACCACGUGUCCAUUUUCAACCAAAUUUGCCAGGACAGUUUCUUGGGUGAAGGGCUUCCAAAGUUGUUUCAAUAAUAGGAAUAAUAAGAAGAAACUUGCUUACGCUCUCAAUUAGAGUAUGGGCUAUAGUCCUAGUAUUUUAUGGAAAAAUAUAAUAAAAAAGUCUGAAUUACAUACACACCUCCAUGAUAAAACAGAUGAGAUGGUUAUUCACGUCUAUUAAAAUCCUCUGAUGGUGGUACCGGUAGACAAAAUUUGCUGACAUUUCUCACUAUAUGCCACUUAAUGAAGGCAAUUAAUGACCAAUAAGUGGAUUUUUUGAUGUUCUUUGGUAUGGUGUUCUCAAGCCGUUCACAUUAUCUCACCAUCUUUCAGGCUGUCAAAAUGAUUAGAACGUUCCAAAUUUUCAGUUUUUAUGACCUUAUCACAAGACUUUUGUUCAGAAAGUAUAAGUCAAAACAGCAAUGGUAUAUCUAUUACUUAUCUUACAUACUUUCCAUGAAACAAUGUCUAGUGGACCUCUACCAAGAUUUUUCAAAUUUAUCACCUGAACAUCCAAAUUGGACAUUGUAUGACAAGUUUUCUGUGUAAAGAUGUUCUGUUUGAAAAAAUCUCUAGAGCAUUACCUGUUAUAUAAUUAGGAUAGGAAGAUAUAAUAUCCCAGAAAUUAACUAUGUCCGUUUAGCUAUCACUUUCUUCCUUGUCUGAGGAUGUUGAGCUUGCUGAGGUUGACGUUUCUUCUUCAUCGUUGGAUUAAAAACAUCAAUACAUUUUAUUUAAUAAACAUACCAUGUCUUGUAAUUUGUCAUUAAAUUUUAAAUAUGAUUGUAUUGUACUGAUUUGUAUCGUUUCUUUCUUCUUUGUGUGGAAAUGUUAAGUGGUUUCAAAUGGGCAUGUUAUUUUGGAUUCUUGACUAAAUUUUAUGUUGAAGUUCCCUUGCUUCUUUAGGGAUGGAAUUGUUCCAGUUUGUUCUAGGAAAACGGCAUUUCAGAAAUUUAUUUAACGUAAGUUAGAGAAAAUAUCAAUUGCAACCUCAAUGUAUACAUAUGUGUAUUACUCAAUGUCAAUGCAUUCCUUCUCCUCGCUGCAGCUUUGUGAUUUCUUCCAAAUUGUAGCCUUUGAUGUAAAUUUAUUAUAAGCUAUAAC